GGUACGAGACUGCAUUAUUUAGGAUGAUUUCAGCUAUGUUUUUUUGAGGUAGUUACAAGUUUGAUGAAGUGCGUCGGUAAACCUGUAGUUUUAGCAUGAAUACGGUGGACGGCAUGGAGCUUGGUUUUGUAGUUUGUUUUUACAGAGAGGCGGGUCUCACCAGUAGUGAUAGUGAGGUAAACACCUCUAAAAAAGAACGACAAUAGAUUAUAGGUGCUACGAGGAGUGAUGCAUGGUAGGACAGAUUUCCACGAAGGUAGUUAAAAUCAGUAGCGGCAGCUGGAAGAUGCCGCCUCGGCGUCUGAACCUGGUCUUGGUUACGUCGAAGGAAGCCCCAGAAAUGUAUGGCACAACCAAUGAUGACUGGAUGGUAACUACUGGCAAUAAUUUAAAUGACGGCUCGAGAAAUCAACAAGUAGUCACCACUGAGCCUAACGAAAUAGAAACCUCUAUAGAAUCCAUGCCCUCUUCAUUCAUAGAAUACGACCCUCCUGGUGUGACAAACACGAAGAUUGUAUCUAUAGAACCCAAGAUCCUCUCUGGUAGGGUAACAGAACAGUUUACUUCAGUCCCAAUGCACCUGUGUUUUUCCUCGUGCUCCAAAGACACGUCUUGUGACGUCGUCAUCUUCACUGACUCUUUCAAUUCAUGCAAACUGGUCCACAACUCAACAGAAGGAAAAGUGGAUAUCUCUCCAGAUGAAUUUGUAUUUGGUGUUUUGCGCUGACAACAAUUCUAUAGAAAGUGACCUACAACCAACAUCACUGUUAUUUAAUGUUUCAUGCACUAAUUUUAGAUGUUGUUGUUGUUUGGACUGUAGUAGCCUGAAGACGAUUUUGGUUUGUUACACAAUCAAAUUCAUACAGUCACCAACCCAGACGAACUAUAAAUAGUAAACGCAUUUAUCUUAAUUAAAUAAGGUCAUAAAAAUGUUAGUAAAAGGUGAACAAUAAAAUAAAAUAGUAUAAACGUGAGUAAUAUUAAUAAGA